CGCGGGCUGGGGGUAGGUAUAAAAGGCGGCUCGGGCAGCGGGGCAGCACCACUCCCCGAACCGCCGCCUCUCGGUGCUCACGUGUUUUCUUCUCGCUAAAGGUGCCACAACAACACCGCCACUCAAGAUGCUCCGACAACUGGCAGUCAUCUCCGUCGUGUGUAUUGCCGCGACGGUGGUGUGUUCGCUGCCCUCCCUCCACCGGACCAAGCGAUGGGAGGAGUUCCCCAACGUAACCUUCACCUUCGACUGCACCGACCGGCCUGUGGGCUUCUACGCCGACCAGGAGUUCAACUGUCAACUCUUCCAUAUGUGUGACGAGGACGGCCGCCGAAUCCCGUACAUGUGCGCCAACGACACGGCCUUCAACCAGGAGUUCCGUAUCUGUGACUGGCAGUACAACUUUGACUGUUCAAAGGUCCAGGACUGGUACUACCUCAACGAACUGACCUACGUCACCGACCCCCCCAGAUACAACUAGCCUCCCCGCCUGUUGCUGACCUGACGACCUGACGCGCGCCCCGUGACCCAGGAGGAACACUCUCCCUCUUGCCCGCGAGACUCAUCCACGGGGGGUCUUCGAGGGUGCCUUCCCCCCGGCACGCUCGAGGUCCCCCCUGGCGGCGUACCCCUGGGUCCUGGGUGCCGACACUGAGCCUGUACAUAGCGUGGCCCCGGCGUGUGCUGCGCGCCGCGUUCCCACGCCCUGGGUCCCCGCAGCCCCGUGGCCUCCACCCCGCCCUCUCCUGACUCCCCCAUCACGCUGGCCCUAAACUCGGCAGCUCUGGCUGCACUGACCACGUCAAAUACACUCAGCAACACUCUCCAGGCGAGACGUGAGCGGGGCGCGUCGCUGGCUGGGCACCCCGAGGAGUAGGUGGGGGCGGGCCCGCGGGGCAGCGGGGCCCCGACGUUGCAAGAGCUGGCCUCUGCGCGCCGCCCGCCCGUGUACAGCGCCGUCCACAAGUAGUCUUAGCGCCGGCAGGCCCGCCACCCAGUGUUGUGUUGUUGUUCAUGUGUCGAGAUGAGGUUUGUUGGGGGGCCUGAGGGCGUGAGUCCCGGGCCCCGCCACGGCCGCCUCCACCCCCACAGCCUGUACUACCCCCUCCCCGAGAUAGCUAUACUCCUUGUUUAUCUGUAACUUGAUUCGGCGAUUACUCGGUUAUGUCUGUGAUGUGAGGUGUGAUGGAGACCCCUGGCGACGCCCCGCCCCGCUCCCUGCCCGACAUCCGCCCCCCGCCCAGCCCCGGCCUGAUCUCAACAGUGAACGCUGUGACUUACAGUUGGCAUGCCAUCCCCGCCUUUCCCCCAAGGCGAGACAUCAACGAUCCCGGGGUGUGGGCGGAGGUGCUUCAGGGCAGGUGUGCGGCAGGUGUGUGGACCGCACCUGUGUGUACCGCGUGUGAGUUGUGAAUGUUUUUGUAAAAUAUACUAAAAUUUUGUGAAAA